AUGCACCCAAAUUGGUUGAAGUCCACGCCUCAGACUGAGUCAUUAAACGAUCUAUCAAAUAUAAUUCAAUCCGCCCGCGGGCUCGGAUUCAUCUUUAUUCUUCUUCAAGCUUUGCAUGAAGUCGUGUUGAAGACACGAUGCCCAUUUGCCUUCCUGGACGAGCCUUUCGUCUCAUGGAAUGGGUCCAACAACUGCUCCGCUGCAACAAACCACAAAGUCUUUUCUCAUCCUGGCAGAUCCCAACCCCUUCGCCAGUCACCAGCGGCGACGGUGCCCUCUUUCAGACGAUGCAACAGCGAGCAUACACACAAAAGAGGAUUGAUUUUUGAGGAUUCUCAUGUCUCACUCUUGAUAGCCAACAUCGAGUUCAAGCGACCCGACUUUCGGGUCGUGGCCACCGCUUCAAGUCUCGAAAAGAGGUCGGGCGCCCACAGGCUAGUUAUAAACGGCCGACUCACGUCACGCUCUGGUGAAUUGGAGCAACUUGGCUAUAAUGGACAUGCAACUGGGCCUCUUCAGCACACACGAGCCUGCAGCUGUGCACUCUUGCGAAUUCCUCUGUGUCUAGCUGUGUGCGUUGCUAUCGCAGCAGCAGACCUCACGAACCUGCCAUCCGGAAGGGGCAUGGAGCCCUCCUCGAAUGCGGACUCUAGCAACGAGUUCCAGUGUCCUUUGAGCUCGUCGAAUGAGGCUCUGCGAAAGGCUUCAACUCUGGAGCGCAAGCGGUUCACGUGGCGGCUUUCGCUGAAGCCUCCGAGAGACGGCAAACGUGGGAGCACGAAGAAAACGGGUCAGUCGAAGGUGGGAGAGGAGAAGUCAGUGGACGAAAAUGGCAGGGAAAAUGACAUAAUCUCGUCACAAAGGGAAAAAAAGCGAAAAAAUGUGUUCACUCGUCUCAUCACCAUCUGCCACCUCCGUCGCCUGGGCGCCAAAAGGAGACAACACUCCCGAUGCGGCGGUCACACGAAGACUGGCUUCAAGAAGACGCUGGCCGAACGGACUAAACCAAGUGACCCUGUCUGGCAGCGCUCCAACUCACCCGAAUUCCUGGAGCCCGAACUCGACAAGCCGAUACCGAUGAAGGAAGAUCUGAUCCAAGCGGCGAGCGCAGACUUCAACGAGUCCGCUCGUCUGGACUCAGUUCCGGAGGUGCGUGAAGUCGUCAACCCGCCAGCCGCGUCACCUUCAAUUGCCUGCCCGGGCAGUGAACAAGCGAAUCUGCGGCCGCGGCUCUCGGAGAUCGGCGAGCAAGACGACGUGCCGUCAGAGCCACAUGUCGACCAUCCAACGGAGCCGGGCUCGAAACACACCUCCAUCGCCAUCGCUACCGCCAGGGCAGAAUUCAUCGGACCACUGUUGCAUGAGACGGUCGAGCUAUUCGACAGUGCACCACCGGACAGAGUGUCCGUGGAGCAAUUGAAAGCCAUGUUUGACGCAAAAUUGAACUUUCCGGAAGAAACGCGCAGCUCCACCUCGUGGCCGGAGAACAGCAAACCGCUCAUUCAGUCGGCUGAGUCUGAAAUGCCCUCGACAGACUUCACACAGAAACCGGCCACGACGCAUGACGCUUGCGUCGCCAUGCCGACAAAGAUGAUUCUCACCACCAUCUCGUUGCCAGCGUACAGCGCCUACUCACCCCUGUCGGGCAUCACCUCGAAGCCGAUCAUGACUUCAGAACUGUCCAGCACGAGGACGAUCACCAGCUCCAUAAUGACUGUCCCCAGUGCAGCCAUCGCAGGUGUUGCCACGGCUGCAGUCGCUGUCGUCGCUAAGGCAGCCCUUUCCGACGACGAGACGAGCACACCCAGCGACCCGGAGUCACUUGUUCUUCCGAUAGCCUUGGAGACGCCUCCGCAAGACCCGACGACAGCACCACCGCCCUACAGUCCGGCGACAGAAGAUGCGCCAACUGAUUCUCCCAAAUCUGAACCAGUUUUUCCUGUCGGCGAGCCGGACUUUGCCCUUUUGAGCCAGCCUCUACCGAUGGACGCGAUUGUCGAGGCGGAGAGCACAGCCCAGCUUUCAAUGCCGAAUGAGGAAGAAACCGAACAUCCUGUCAUUCCGAGGGAAAAUGUCAUCCGGGAAGAAUUGCCAGAAGGUAAGUGA